ACGGGACCGCUUUUGCUGCAGAAAACAAUAUGGCAUCAUGAUGAAUGAACCCAUUCGCCGACCAGAUCAAAUAUCUCCGAAGUCGAGUCCCCGGGGGUCACGUUCACCAGCCUACCCCCGGGCAGACUCAUCAGGAACCCUCAGAACAACCAUAAGUCUAGGACGUGUGCCGACGGUCAUACAUUCUGGACCGUUCUAUCUGGUGAAAGACAUGGGGUCUGGAACGGCCAAUCCUUCAGAGAUGACGGGAAGUAACAACCUCAUCAUCCAUUAUGAUCUGGAACAUUCCUACAGCAAGUUCUGUAAGAAGGAGGGUAAAGAAGAACUCAGUGCAUUCCUGCCAAAUCUUCCUGGCUAUAUAGACGCUCCUGGUAUCAAUGAUAACAGUUCUCUCAGGUCACUUAUAGAUAAACCGCCCAUUACCGGAAAGGAACUAAACCCCUUGUCCAACAGUUCUCUGACAGGUUUCCGUCUCCACCCUGGACCGCUGCCAGAGCAAUAUAGGUUUAUGAACCAGAUGCCAAAGAAAAAGCCCAAACCAAAGCGGAAAAAGGAUGAAAAAGCAAGUGCUUUACAGGACUAUCCUGAUAAUCCUGUAGAAGGUGGACAUGAUAAAAAGACCAAGAAACCAAAACAUGAUACGGAGAAACAAAAAAGAAAAAAGAAGAAAAAGAAAAAAGUGAAGGAAAAAGAUGAAGAGUCCCAGUCCUGAAUAUGUAGUGGUGUCAGUAGAGUGGUGUAUAAAAGUGCAAUAUGUGUAGUCAUGGAGUCUACAACCCUGUCAGAGCUGUCCUAGUCACGUGACUGACAAUGGACUUAAACUGGAGUGACAGCCUGAUCAUGUGACUGACAAUGGACUAAAACUUGAGUGACAGCCUGAUCAUUUGACUAAUAAUGGACUAAACUGGAGUGAGAGCCUGAUCAUGUGACUUACAAUGGGCUAAAACUGGAGUGACAGCCUGAUUAUGUGACUUUCGAUGGGCUAAAACUGGAGUGACGACCUGAUCAUGUGGCUGAUAAUGGACUAAAAUUAAGGUGACAGCCUGAUCAUGUGACUGAUAAUGGACUAAAACUGGAGUGACAGCCUGAUCAUGUGACUUACAAUGGGCUAAAACUGGAGUGACAUCCUGAUCAUGUGACUGAUAAUGGACUAAAAUUAAGGUGACAGCCUGAUCAUGUGACUGAUAAUGGACUAAAACUGGAGUGACAGCCUGAUCCUGUGACUGAUAAUGGACUAAAACUAGGGUGACAGCCUGAUCAUGUGACUGAUAAUGGACUAAAACUAGGGUGACAGCCUGAUCAUGUGACUUACAAUGGGCUAAUACUGGAGUGACAUCCUGAUCAUGUGACUGAUAAUGGACUAAAACUAGGGUGACAGCCUGAUCAUGUGACUGAUAAUGGACUAAAACUAGGGUGACAGCCUGAUCAUGUGACUGAUAAUGGACUAAAACUGGAGUGACGGCCAAGGCCUGUGACUAAUUAUAAACUACACUGGAAUGACAGUUGGGUCAUUGACUAACUCAACUAGUCUGGAGUGUUGCUUGAUCAUGUGAUUGACUUCAGAUUACCAUGGAAUGUCAGCCUUGUCGUGCGACUAACUUUUGACUACACUGAAAUGUUGGCCAGUUCAUGUGACUUUGGACUACACUGGAAUGUCAGCCUGUUCAUGUGACUUUGGACUACACUGGAAUGUCAGCCUUGUCAUGUGACUUUGGACUACACUGGAAUGUCAGCCUUGUCAUGUGACUUUGGACUACACUGGAAUGUCAGCCUUGCCAUUUGACUACAAUGUAAUUGCCAAUGUUAGCCUGGUUUGGUGACUCGCUUUGUACUUGACCUUGCAAGACUUUAGUAGUCAACAGUUAAGUACCGGUGCUUGUUUGGACAGUUGUUAUAAUGUCACCGCGCUCGAUUUGUUAUCCUGCUGCAGUGUCUCAUGGAGAUUGUAUGUAAUAGCCUACAGCUAUCUCAGUGAUUACAAACAUCAUCAGAUACUUGGAGAUGUCACAAGGUAUUAUUUACUGUCUCGGAUAGAAACUUCUAUACAAAUGUGAUGUAAUCAGUUUUGGAAAAUUUCUCAUCAAGUAAAUAUUUUCUUAGUAUGAAUGUUUUUGCUACUUCGGGACAGUAUUUUCAUGUGCGAAUGUGUUUUAUAUUUACAUCACACCUGAGCAAUUGAUUGAGAUCUAGAACAAUACCGCAACAUGAACGGUUUAAAGAGACAGAUAUCCGCAACAAUGACAUGACCAGCUCCACGGUGUGGUAAAGUGGAGGCAAUAACUAGUUAAUGUUAACUUAUCAUUACAGAUGUGUUACAGAUAUUACGUCUUCAAACGGUUACGUGCUAAUGAUAAAUUUCUCUUUGAUUUUUUUAUGUAAUAAAGGUGAAAUGUGAAA